GCACCAGUUGUUGGCAGGCGGAGCCCCGCCAUUCAGGCCCUGAAAGCGGCCUCUGUUAGUCUGGGCCGCCGGGGGCUCUCGCCCUCCGACCCCCGGAGAAGACGGCAUGGCCCCCGGCUGGUCUUCAAGAGCUUUGUUGCUGCUCCUUCUGAUGCUCGCUAGGAGCCGAGAGACGCUCGCAGCAUCAUUUUAUGGUGAAAGCUACAUACAAUUAAAGGUUGCUGAAACGCUGUCUGAAAUAUCACUGAAAUUACGUUUUCAGACAAGUAGACCUGAUGGAUUGCUUUUUCUUGCUCCUGGAAAGGAAGAUUAUUUUUUGGUGGAAUUAAAUUCUGGAAAUAUACAGGUGAAGAUCAACUUUCGAACAAAUGAACAGAUCCUUCGUUCCCAGUUGCACUCACAACUUGAUGAUUUAGAGUGGCAUCUUCUUGAAAUUCAUCAUGAAAGAGAAAAUAUUACUCUAGUGAUUGAUAAAAAUUAUCAAACUAGUGCAAUAGUGCCACAUUCCCUAGUAUUUGAACUAAACAUUGAAUAUGGUCUCUAUAUUGGUGGGAGAGGUGCCCUUGAUGUCCACUAUCUUAACAGUACACCAAUUAAUUUCCGAGGAUGUAUUAAUGAUGUGAUACUUAACAACCAUGAUAUCUUAACUUCCCUGAAAUCUUCUGUAAGAAAUAAAAACAUUUACGAAGUAUCACUGAGCUGUAGCAAUGAAUUUUUUGCAGGGGAAGAAGAACCCAUAAGUUUUUUUAGUUCCAAAUCCUAUGUUUCAUUUCCUCUUUGGAAUGUCCAAGCAGGAGGCGUUUUGGAAUAUUCAGUGCAAACUACAGCUCAGAGGGGAUUGCUGAUCUACAGUUCUGGUCCCGUAGGAAACUUUGUUGCAAUGGAAAUUGAAAAUGGUCUCAUUAGAGCUCACAUUAGAAUGGGUAAAAAUAGACUUGAACUUUCUUCUCUUAGCCCUGUCAACGAUAACCAAUGGCAUGUUAUCAGAUUAAAAUUUUCCAUAAAAUAUGUCGAACUCACUCUAGAAAAGAAAACUGUGAAAACUCCAUUGCCUUCUCAUAGUAGGCUUCCUGUCCUUAAAGGGGCCUUAUAUGUGGGUGGAAUAAAUGAUGCACUCCGUGCAGAAGUGCUAAAAUACGGGUUAGCUUCAGUUUCUGGAAGAUACGGAGAAGGCGGAUCUUUCAGAGGCUGCUUAAAGGAUUUGAUAAUUGGUUCCCAAAAAUAUUCCUUGAAAAAUGUUCUAGUGACUAAGGAUAUUUCAGUCGGAUGCACAAUACCUAAUUUUGCACCAGAAAAGCAGGCUGUGAGAAUAGCCUCUUCCAUUUCUGUUGCUGCUACUGUUGCUCCUAAAUUGCUUAGGAAAGAAAGUUAUGACCAUUUUUUGUUUGUCAACAACUUGAUUGUGCCAGAAGGUGGGCAAGCAUUUCUUGGAUCUAAGCACAUUAAAGUCAGUGUGGACUUCAAAGCACUGGGGAUUCGUCAGUCACAAAUUCUUUUUAGAAUUAAACAUCCCCCUUCUUAUGGCCAGUUGAGGUUGAAUGUUGUGUCAAAGCAAGAAAACUUCACAUUUAGUAUGCUAGAUUUGUGGCAAGGUAAAGUUUUAUACAUUCAUGAUGGUUCUGAAGAAAGCUAUGAUUAUUUCACUUUCUCUGUUUCUACAAGCAGUAAAAGGAAGAUGCCUCUGUAUCUCCAAGGAAAUGAUGAAUAUAUGUUUACUAUUACAGUGAGACCAAUCAAUGAUGCUCCAGAACUCAUAUUUCCAAAUGGAAACUUACUUCUUCUCUUAGAACACUCCAAGAAAUGCCUGAGCAUAGAUUCAGUAAAUAUUGUGGACAACGACACAAGUGUUGCAGAUCUUAGUAUUACAGUCCUUGGAAAUUCAAACACAGAUGCAGGUUUUCUAGAAAAUUCCAAGACUCCUGGGCAAACAAUUACUACCUUUUCCUAUGAGGAUUUACAACAUGGUAAUGUUUUCUUUGUCCAUACUGGAGUUCAGAAUUCCAGGAUUGUUCUGCGAGCAAGCGAUGGGGAGAAAGUUAGCAACACAGUCGUGUUGCGUGUCAUGGCUGUACCCCUGGAUUAUAAAUUAGUCAACAACACGGGAGUUGAUGUGGUGCAAGGCACCACAGUGUUGAUAACACUCAAACAUUUGGCCACAGAAACAAAUGCUUUUCAACAAGAGCUGGAGAUAAGAUAUGAAAUCACAGAAGAACCCUUUUUUGGAGAAAUUCAGAGGAGGCUUACUGGUCGAGAAUGGAAAAAAAUUAAUUAUUUUUCUCAACGAUCCAUUGAACGUGGUCGUGUGAGGUAUCUUUCUACCUUCAAAGCAAUUCAGCAAGAUAAUGUCCACGAACAUUUUAAAUUUAAAAUUAUCAUCGGUAGCAAUAUAAGCCAAGAGUUUCUGUUUGCUGUUAGAGUAAAAUGGUUGACUUAUAAUUUACUGAAAUAUGCACCAUUAGUUAUUGAUAAAUCGGAUAGAGAGUAUCUUAAUUCUAAUAACCUUCUUGCGGUCAUACCACAGAUAGACCUGUCAGAAAAUGAAUUUCUUUACAAGCUGCAAUCCUUGCCUGAGAAAGGAAGAAUUCUGCUUGAUAAUGUUCCACUGCAAAUAAAUUCCAGCUUCAGCCAACAGAAUAUUUCUGAUUGUAAAGUAGAAUAUCAAUUAUACAGGAAGUCCCACGAAGAAAGUCUGGAUUCAUUUAGAUUCUUCAUUAGUACCCAGUAUGUGGUAUCAGAUAUCUAUGAUUUCAAAAUCAAGAUCAAAACAAACCCACAAACCAUUAUUUUGAUAAACAAUGGUCUUACUGUUCCUGAAGGUGAAGGAUCACUGAUAACAAAAUCAGAAUUGUUUGUACAGACCUUCAGUAAUACGACUUUUGAGUAUAAGGUUACAAAAAGUCCUCAACAUGGGAAAUUAAUGCUUAUUAAUUUUUCUGAUUCCCCAGAAAGUAACAACAAUCUUAGUAGUUUCACUAAUCAGGAUAUAUAUGGAGAACGUCUUAUGUAUAUUCAUGAUGACUCAGAGACGCAGUGCGAUGAAAUCCAUAUCACUGCAACUGCCAUAAAAUUUGGAGAAGAAGAUUUAGAUACAGAGUUCCCAUUAUUAGUAGAGAUCAAAUUUAAUAUUUCUAUCCACCUGAAAAAUGAUGAAAAACCAAUUAGAGUAGUGGAUAAGGUAUUUCAUGUUGUUAAGAAUGGAAGGAAACUCUUGACUUUGGAUGAUCUUUGCUAUCAUGACCCUGAUACGGAUUUUGAUGAUAAUCAGUUGUUAUACACCAGGCGUGGCAUUCCUAAUGGAGACUUGGUUCUUGUCAAUGAAACAUCAUAUAGACUCUAUCAGUUCAAGCAAGAGGACCUUAUACAAAAGCAAGUCCUCUUUGUUCAUCGAGGUGCAACUUACGGUCGUUUUGUGCUAUUUGUAACUGAUGGAAAACAUUAUACAUCAUCUUUGCUAGAAGUAAGUGCUUCUGAACCAUAUGUCCUUCUAGCAAACAAUACAGGAUUAUUGAUCCAAAAAGGAAAAGAAGCAGUUAUUACCACAACUAACCUGAGUGCUACCACAAAUCAAGAUAUUAGAAGUGAUCAUGAAAUUAGAUUUGAGAUAUUUUUUUCCCCAAAGUAUGGACAAAUCUUUGUUAAUAAUUUAGCACUGGCCACUUUUACUCAGCAUGAUCUCAAAAUGGAACAUGUGACUUAUAGACAUGAUGAUAGCAAUAAUUUGAUUGACACAUUGAACUUCACUGUUUAUGCUAAAGAACUCCACUUGUAUGCUAAAAUGAACAUUCAGAUAUAUUUGGAAAGCCAUCAGCGUCCACCAGUGAUCCUACAUAACCACAGCCUUUUGGUUGAAGAAGGGAAACCUGUUCAAAUCAGUAAUGGAAAAUUGCUGGCUGUGCAUGACAACAGCUUGCCAUCAGAGAUAGAAUUCAAAAUAAGAUCAUCUCCAGUCUAUGGCUAUCUUUGGAAGUUUAUAUCAAAAGAAAAUUACCUUGGAGCAGAAAAAAAUCCAGUUUUGUCUUUUACUCAACAAGACAUCAAUGAUGGUAUUAUCCAGUACAUACAGACCAUCUCCAACCAACUCCAAGACCACUUUUCCUUGGAUGUCACCAAUGGCAUCCAGACAGUCAGUGGAAUAGAAAUUACUGUGGACAUCAUUCCAAAGCUGAUCCCACUAGAAGUACACAACUUUACAGUUGCUGAAGGGAGUUCAAAAGUCCUUGAAGAAGAUAUUCUAAAAAUUUCUAAUAGCCGCUUUGCAGAAGUUAAUUGUGACUUCAGUCUAGCUGAGUCACCAAAACAUGGACGAAUUGCAAACUCUCAUUUUUUUGGAAUGGCAUUGACUAAAUUUACCAGAAAACAGGUAGAACAAGGUUUGAUCUUCUAUGUUCAUGAUGACAGUGAACAGCUGCUUGACAAUUUUACCAUUAUUGCAAACUGCACACAACUAUGGAAGCAUAGCUUGCCUCAGAUCAUAUUUGUGACUAUUACACCAGUAAAUGAUGAAGCUCCCAUCAUAAAGAGAAAUAUAGCACUCCGGGUGUGGGUAGGAUCAGUCACUGAAAUAACAACAAAUGAACUCUUGGCAGAAGAUAAAGAUUCUUCUCCAGUAGAAUUAUUGUAUUCUGUUUCUCCUCCGAAUAAUGGCCACUUGGCACUCAAGUCUUUUCCAAACAAGAAUAUCCUUAAUUUUACCCAAGCUCAUAUUGAAGAAGGACAAGUGGUAUUCGUCCAUAGAGGAUCAAUGUCUGGAGGUUUCAGUUUUCAAGUUACAGAUGGCAUAAACUUUGCACCUCGUCAGAUAUUUAGCAUCACAGCUCGAAAUUUGGUUAUUCGCCUUGAAAAUAAUAAUGGAUUAGAAAUUUUUCCAGGUUCCAGGAAACCAAUUACAUCCUACCAUCUGAAGGCUGUCACCAAUGAUGUGGUUGAGGUAGAAAAUAGAACAAUUGUUUUUACAAUUGCAAAUUCCCCCAAACUUGGAAGACUGAUCCGUAUAUUUUCUGAAAAUAACAUACGGGAUAUUUCAAGUUUUACACAAUCUAUGGUGGAUAAAGGAUUGAUCAUCUACGAGCAUUCAGACAAACAAUCAGUUGAUUGGAGCACACAAGAUUAUUUUACAUUUACGGUCUCCUCUCCACCAGCUGCUCUGGGACCGCAGGUGUUCCAUAUUAAUAUAUCCUAUGAAAUUAGAGCACAUAAUCAGAGCAGUCAGCUACUGGCCAACACAGGUGCUGUCGUCCAGGAAGGUGGCAAAGUUUUAAUUGACAAAACUAAGCUGGAUAGCUCAAACCUACUGUCUAAAUUACCCCAGACACAACGUUCUUCAUUUGAAGUGUGGUAUGAAGUCAUAGCAUUGCCUCAACAUGGCAGAAUUAUUGUGGGAGAACGAAAUAUUACUAGAGACAAACCCCAUUUCUCCCAGUAUAUCAUUAACAAAUUUGGAAUUACCUAUUUUCACGAUGACUCUGAAUCACUCACCGAUCACUUUAUCUUUGUUGUGUGGCUAAAUGAGAAAAGCAAGUCUACCGUGAAACCCAAUAUUGAUGUUUUAGAAGAGGCAUUUAAUAUUACUGUUGUACCAGUGAAUGACCAGGUUCCAAAACUAAAGUCAAAACUGCUAUGUUUGAAUGUUUUGCAAGGAGAUCGAACAGUUCUAGGACAAGAUAACCUAAACGUUGAAGAUUUGGAUAACUCACCAGAAGAGAUUAAAUAUACUGUUAUAACUGAUCCCCAAAAUGGACAUUUAGCACUGUGGACUCGUUUGAAUGAGUCUAUCAAAAAUUUCACACAAGCUGAUAUUAAUGAUGGCAGCGUUUGGUUUGUACAAGAUGGGAGCCCUUUCUCAGGGGUUUUCUAUUUUAGUGUGACCGAUGGGCAGCACCGUCCACAGUAUAAACUCUUUCAGCUUGAUGUGAUACCGGUGUCCAUCACAUUGAUUAACUUCACAGAAGUGGUUCUUCUCCAGGGACAGGACAGAGUUGCUAUUACAAAUGUCCAUCUUUCGGCCACAACAAAUGGGAAGAACCCUGAAAUCAGGUUUGAAGUCACAAAGCCUUUUAGAUAUGGGAGUCUUCUGAUUGAGAAUGAACAGGUGACCUCAUUUCACCAAAGAGAUUUAUAUGCAGAAAAAUUGUUGUACUGUAUGGCAGACUUCACUGCUUUUGGUGAUACGUUAGAAUUUACAGUGUUCACAAGAGACAGUAAUCUAACAGGACAAGUUCUGAAGCUCUUAGUACAACCUCUUUUGCAAAUGGCCCUUAAUGUGACCAUUCCCAACAGGAUGUCUUACCAGCUCAAUGCAAGUUAUUUGGAUGCUACACAGUUAGCCAACCUGACAAAAAGCAACCCCCAGUUUGAAGUCAUAAUGUCACCAGUUUACGGAAGUCUUUCAAGGAAGUCGUUGAGUAACGCUGAAAGCAAGAAUCUGGUUUUCUUCACAAAAAGGGACAUUGACAUGGGUGUCAUUUUCCUUGAAACCAGUGCUAAUAUGACAAAUACCGAUGUAUUAAAUGAUUCCUUUUCCUUUAUACUUAAAGCAGACAAUGUUCAGCCUGCCGUUGGUGAGUUCCACUUUGUCAUAGUGCAACAGGAUUCUUCACCGGUUCAGGUGUUUACUCCAGAAGUGCCUUUUUUAACUACUGUUGACAUUUUAGAAACUUACAUUACAGAAAAUGAACAUCUGGUUAUUCCAAAGCAUGGUACGCACACAGAUGUACCAGCACAGACUUUCAGGCCUGACCAAAUCCAUUGGGAGCAUCAGAAAGAUAGACAGUAUGAUGAAGAUAAUACUGUUUGGUCUGUGACCACAAUAAAUACACAGACUGAAAGCACCUGGCUUCAGACAUUGAGCAGCAGGAGCUGGUUGAUAAUCAUCGUACCCCUUUCUUCUGUGACUGCUUUAUUCAUUAUAAUUGCCAUUGUUCUUUGUAUCUUCCUAAUAUGCCAUAGAUCAAAGAAGGCAAAACCUUUUAUUUUAGAACAGCCACCAGUAAUUCUCAACAGUUCAAGCUUUUCCACAGAGAGGAGCUUAACAAUACCUACUGUCACAGUGACACCUCUCUUAAAAAGCACAGACAAAACAUCCGUUUUACCAUUCAUGUCCCUCCAGCGGGAACAGUCUUAUCCAAUGCCAGCUACUCCAGAUCCAGCAGUAAGUUUUCUGCAAAGCACCUGGUCCAGCCUUGACCCAGAAAUUAUUCAGCACUGUCGAAAAACUCACCCAACAUUGAAAUGCAAUCAAUACUGGGUAUAAUAUACCAUUGAAAUCAGUAAAGAAUGUUCAACCUUG